UUUGGCCGACAGCUCAGAUAACCGUCUUCAUGCAAACUGUUUAUUGCUGAAGAAGGGAUGCGAGGUCGGAAGUAACUUUACUCACUGAAGAAUUAACUAUGGCACGGAGUCAAGGUGUGAACCACGAGCUCUCUGAGAUUCUGAACCAGCUGUGGAGUCGGGAUACAAACCGUCUCAAACCUGGGACUGACUACACCAUCUCCCUACAGGGAAAGGCAGGUUACGUGGCCCAGGGUAGUAACACUGCCAGAGACAUGGCUAGAGCUCCUCUGUUCGCCUAUGUCAACGAGGGCAAACUGAAAAACAUCAAGACCUACGCCUUGUUCAUGCGUCUCCUGGACAACUAUGAGAUGUCUACAGGCGUGUCGGAGACCGUCACCUCUGAGGAGCUGAUAGAGAACGAUCUCUUCCUCAAUGCCAUUCUGGAGACCGAGGUCAUGAAGUGUGCCCACAAGUACCUGGUGAGUAAGGGUCACUCCCCGUCAGACCAGCAGCAGUUCAAGAGGCAGCUCUAUAACAUGUGGUUCAGACUCUAUCACCGAGACCGCAGUGGAGGUGAGGACUCCUGUGGUUUUGAACAUGUGUUUGUUGGUGAGUCUAAGAAAGGGAAGGAGAUCACGGGGUUCCACAACUGGGUUCAGUUCUAUCUGCAGGAGAAGCAUGGCAAUGUGGACUACAAGGGUUACAAGGCCCAGGGCAACAGGAACACUCCAGAUGAGGAUGACCACGUUCUGAACCUGCAGUUCAGCUGGAAGGGCCUGGUCAAGCCUGUGGGAAGCUCCUUCAUCGGGGUCAGCCCAGAGUUCGAGGUCGCCCUCUUCACCAUUCUCUUCCUCGCGUCGACUGAGAAGGUGACCACGGCCGUGGUGAAGGUGGACGAGUACCUGCUAGAGAUGGUGGUGUAUCGUCAGGGGCGAUCCAUCGGAACCUCCUACCCCAAACUACUCAGCAGCAACAACAGGGACCUGUAGUGGGGAGAUCUAAGCACCCUGAUUCUGAAACCAGGCCCAAAUGGAACCCUCAUCCCUAUGUAGUGCACUGCUUUCAACCAGGGCCCAUAGGGCUAGUAGUGCACUAUAUAGGGAAUAGGGUUCCAUAGUGCUCUGGUCUAAAGUAGUGCACUAUAUAGGGAAUAGGGUUCUAUAGGGCUCUGGUCUAAAGUAGUGCACUAUAUAGGGAAUAGGGUUCCAUAGUGCUCUGGUCUAAAGUAGUGCACUAUAUAGGGAAUAGGGUUCCAUAGGGCUCUGGUCUAAAGUAGUGCACUAUAAUAGGGAAUAGGGUGCCAUUUGGGGCUUAGCCAGAAUAAUCUGUCAUGUCGUGUACUGUGUUUUUGACACCAUAGUGUUAUUAGGUUGUGUUCUCCUCCAUCAAAUACUUAACCUCGUUCCCAGGUUCAAUGACUAAUUACAGAUCCUGGAUCAUUCAUUCAUUUGCGCUAAACUAUUAUAUUAGAGAUUACAGUUGAUCCAGGACCAGGAUUGUGUGUCUCUCUCUGCUACCAGCUCUCCUUUCUGUCCUGAAUAUUCAGUUCUGGUCCUUGGUCUUUCACAAAGCAGAGGGCUGUUUUUAUUUUCUGUUAAGAAAACUACUAAAGCAUUUUGCCAAUCCAUUAAAACCUAGAUUUACUAUGAUAGGAACCUGGUUGUCUAACAUUAUAUUAACCGUGUUGUUCUCUUGUUUUUAAUAUUACUACUUUCUUAUGAUUAUUAAGUUUAAUUUCUGCUUGAAGAAAAUAAAACAUGUUUACAAGUA